GUACAUGCAUACGUAAUGAAUAGAAGUGUGAUCCGUAUUUAGUAGUAUGAGUGUUCUCUCGUUGCUCGUCACAAAUCGGAAGUGUCAACAUCUGUUUCUCAACAGUAACUACUGGCAGAUACUGACGUUGGGGUGAUAAAGUUCUAUGGCAGAUGCACGUCGAAAUUAUUUCUUGCUCGAUAUUAUAUUCAUACGCUACGACUAGACGAUUCGUUCUUAAAGAGGUUAUAUCGCUAAAUCACAAGAAAUGGCAAGUGACGCAAUAAUUUCGUUGCCCGGGGAAAUAAUUAUAUGCAUUUUAGAAGAUAAACAACUCGGCUUCUUGGAUGUGAUUAAUUUCAGUUCGACGUGUAGACACUUGCGCAAAAUUGUCAACGACAAUAAUCAACUUUGGAAGAAAAAGUUUUUUCAAAGAUGGCCUCUUCUGAAAGAUGCUUAUCAAACAAACAAUGAAGCAGAAGGUCGUGCGAUAAGCUGGAGGGAAGAGGCAAAAGCUAGUUUAAACAUUAGAAUGAAGUUACUUUACCAUUUAUCAAUGAUGUCUAGUAAACACUAUAAAAAGCAGGAGUUGCCAAAUUCUGCAUUUAAAGAAUUUGAUCCUUUGUUUCUUUUGGAAGAAGGUGCUCAUCCAUCAGCUUAUUACUUUCUUGUGGAUGAACUUAUCAAUUUAAUCAAAGGUCCUGCAAUGGCUAGCAAUUUAACACAUACAUAUUAUGCACUUAAAGUUGUCAGAUAUUUAAAGCAUCGUCAUUUGAGAAACGAAUGGGAGAAGUUUAUAUCUCUACAACCAAAGGAACAAACCUUAGAACGUGGUGCAGCCAUUGUAGCUCAAUGGAGUCAACCAAAAAGACAUAUAUCAUACUCAUAUAUAUCAUCCUUGUUAGAUAAUAUUGCAGAACAAACUAAAGAACUACUCAAAGAGCACUACCCAGCUCAUUCGAUAUUUUCAACUCCGGUGGAGCAAUUUAAUUUUUGGAAAAAUAAUAUUAUCGAUGACAAUCAAUGGAACCCAACAGAAAUUAGACAAGUAACAGAUGCACUGUGCCAAGUAUUAUUUCAGAAAUUAGGAUUCUAUGGGAACAGUGAAAUGUAUUACUCGUCGGAAAAUUUAUUCAUAGAUCGUGUCUUGGAACAGAAACAUGGAAUUCCUAUAACACUGGCUAUAGUGUUUGAAAGUGUUGCACGUAGACUUGGUAUACGUUGUGAGCCUGUUAGCUUCCCAUCCCACUUCCUAUUACAGUGGAAGCAGUCAUAUGAUUCUGAAUCCGAGGAUGCAGAGAAUUAUUAUAUUGAUGUUUUCAAUGGUGGUCAAUUUUUAACUAAGAAAAGUUGCCCUAGAAUUGGUGGGGUUUCAAAAUGUCCGAUAGAAAAGUAUAACGUCCACGCGGCAGCGACUGCCGUGGAGGUAGUAAGAAGAAUGGCGAAUAAUUUAGAAUUAGCUGCCAGACAACACACUCAUCCUUAUGAUAGAACUGCAAGACUGUUGUCUGCUCUUGAACUACAACAUAUGGUAUUACCCAAUGAUGCUAGUAUAAUUUCAAAACUAGCUCGCAUAUAUAUUUUACAAAAUAUGGAUGUAACAGAACUGAUGGAAAUAUUAGAAAAAAUAAAAAAUGAAAAGACCUCUGAAUUGAUAUCCAAAAGGCAAGCAAAUAUUGUUUUACAGACACUUCAGCAACAUGUAAUGUCAGGUUUACCACCCGAGAAAGAAACGGAACCUAAGAAAAGAGUACCGGGUGUAAAGUAUGCAAUAGGACUGAUAAUGAAGCACAAAAUACAAGGAUAUUUUUGCGUGAUAACAGGGUGGGAUGCACCCUUUAAGGCAACCACAGCCUGGAUGGCUGAAGUGGAUGUAAGCGACACGGACGAAGGCGUGAAUCAACCAUUUUAUAAUAUAUUUGUAGAUGAUGUUAUAUUUGUAGACACUGGAUCGUGUCAUUACGAGGCUCAAGAAAACCUGUGUUUGGCUCCAAACCCCGAAUGGAUAAAUCAUCAUGCCCUUGGUAGAUAUUUUUAUAAAUUCAAUGGUACUUAUUAUGUACCAAACGAAGAAACAGCACGAGAAUAUCCGGAAGAUGAAAAAGCUCGCAAUGAAAUACUUGUUACAUAUAUGCAAAGUCACGUAGAAAAUAAUACCACGUAACAACUUUCUUAUCUACGCGGAAUGCAAGGUAACGUUAAUAGAACAAAUGUUCAUUUCCGUACAACGUAUUUUAUGCUCGAUGCUAAAGAAAUCAUAUUUUCAUAGGAAAAGAAAGAAAAAUCAAAAAAUAAUAUACAUUAAUUUCUUUUUCAAAACUGAAUGUAAAUUUAAAUUUGAAUAUACGUGAAAGUUUCAUGAACAAUAAUAAACUAGUACGAUAGUUAUUAUUUAUUCUAUGUAUAUCUUUAGGAAUGCUCAGGAGUUAUGUAUAGUUUGAGUUGUAAUGAGUUAAGGCAAAAAAAAAAAAGAACUCUACUAAUUACAGAUAAUACGUAUUAUAUAGAAUUAAUAAUACUAUAUAAUUGUUCAGAGAACAAAGAGUACCUUUUGAUUUCUAGCCCGUUCAUAUGUGAUAUAGAUGUAUCUGAAUUUAAUUAUUAUCUGUAAUAAGAAUGAGAGAGUGGUCAACACUUUUAUGAUGGCACUACGUUAUAUUCGUAAGUACCGUGUACUAAUCAAUUUAUACUUUUUAUUAAAUUAUAAGUGACUGCAAAUUAACGAAGUGGCGUUCAAAUAUACAACCAGAAAAACAAAAAAAUAGCAAAAGAUAUUUAUUUAGGUGUGCUCUUUAUUCUAUUUCAAUGUCGUGGCUGCGCUCCACUUACGUAUAUUCACAAGCAAUCAGGUAUAAAUAGUACAAAAUUUGUUUUCAUAAUACUUACAAUACCAUAACCAUCUGAAGAAAUAAAGUAAACGUUUCGAGUAUUUUGAUACUAUACAUUAAUAUCCAAGUCUAAAGAAAGUGGAAUUUUUCUGAAAAUGUAACAUGUGCGUGUAAUAAAUAAUGAUAAAUAAUGUAAAUUACACUACCUAGUAUGGAAUGAUAUUGAAGUCAUAUUUGUUUUGUGUAUGCUUUUCAAGCUGAAAGAAAAAUUGAUCCGUGUUACCAAUAUCGAAUUAAAAUCAAAAAAUUAUUGUCAAAGCAAAUAGUGAAUUAUUGUUAAAUAAUUAUAAAAUAUACGCGCAAUAUGUUAUAUUUUAUGUUCCCGGAUAAUGUUUCGUACCCGCUAGAAGACAUUGAUUUCAUUAAAUAGUUACACUUACCAUGGUAAAUACGUUCAAAUAUCAGAUCUCUAAUCUGAGCAUUCUCACUUCUUUUUUUUAUCACUUCUAAUAAGAAUAAUUAACGUUUAAAUGAACAAAAAUCACAGUACACUUGUAAUAUUA